AUGAUCUUCAAGUAUUUCCUUCACUGAUCCGCUCUUUAAGACGAGGAAGGAUGCGCAUGAAAGCUGGGUAUCCAAGAAUGGCUGAUCCUAAGUCGUCCCAGCUGUUCAAUUAACCACAGCAGGAUGAAUGCUAAGUCCUCGCUUCAUCCCUGGUCGCUGGGAGGCCUGCAGCAGGACAUGCGGUGCGGGAACCCAGCGGCGUGCUGUCAAGUGCCAGGUGCUGCUGUCCUUCUCGCAGAGUGUGGCUGACCUGCCCGAUGACGAGUGCGAGGGGCUCAAACCUGCAUCAAGUCAGCCAUGCUACCGCAACCCCUGCUCCGGUGUUUCGGGCCAAGGAAAAGAAAGCAAAAAGGAGGGGGUUGAAGAGGUGGAGGAGGAGGAGGAGGAGGAGGAGGGGCAGACACCCGAAAGAGAGGAAUUGCACGACUGGGAAUAUGAAGGGUUUACGGAGUGCUCGGAGAGUUGUGGGGGAGGUGUGCAGGAGGCUGUGGUUAUCUGUCUGAACAAGCAGACCAGGGAGGCAGCAGACCAGAGGCUGUGUGUGAGCUCUCGUCGGCCGCCGCAACUCCUCCAGGACUGCAAAACUCAGUCCUGUCCGCCCAGGUGGGAAACCGGUGAGUGGAGUUCAUGCUCUGCUACUUGUGGGGUUGGUCUGAUGACGCGCACUGUGGCUUGUACUCACCGGCCCUCUCGGGACAGCAACCGGACUGAGGUUUUGAGGGAUGAAGACUGUCAAAAUCCCAAGCCCAGCCCUGUCCAAGCCUGCAACCGCUUUGACUGCCCUCCUAUGUGGGACACGUUUGACUGGGGACAGUGCUCCCAGAGCUGUGGUGGCGGAGUUCAAAGGAGGAGGGUCCUGUGCAAACAGCGGCUUGCAGAUGGCAGCAUUCUGGAGUUACCUGACACCUUUUGCCCUUCCAAAAGCCCCGCAAGCCAGCAGCCCUGUGCCAAGCAAGAGUGCCCACCUCACUGGGUCACAACUGACUGGUCCCAGUGUUCUGUGACAUGCGGAAAUGGGAUUCAGACUCUACGGGCCGUCUGCAGGAAAAUCGGGGAAGAUGGGCAAUAUUGGACCAUAGACUCGAAGAACUGCUCCCUUAUUGCUCGACCCUCCAGAAUCCGGCCAUGCUCGCUCAGGCUCUGUGAGAACUCUAUCAAGCCCGAACCCACCAUACUGACCCAAAAGAAGGUUUAUAUUCAGUGGAGGAAGGGCAAGAAGAUACAGUUGGUAGUGGGAGGCUACGGCUACCUCCUGCCCUGGACAACUGUGGUCCUUCGCUGCCCAACCCGCCACUUCCGCAAAGGCAACAUUCGCUGGUGGAAGGAAGGGAAACCCCUGAUCAGCCUCCCGCACCUCUCCAUAACAACACUGGGAUAUGUGAAGAUUCACCAGGUCCGUGCAUCUGAUGCUGGGAUUUACACUUGCGCUGCAGGCCAAGCCCGAGAACAUUUUGUCCUGAAGAUCAUUGGCAGCAAGCAUAAGCUGUCAGUUCCAGAGUCACGGCUGCUCGCAGAUGGACAACAAAGGGUCGGGCAGCCUGAUGUGGCCACAACAGGAGAAAAAUUUCAGGAGUUGCCCAUCUCUGUCAACAAAUAUGACAACAUUGUUGAGCAUUUGCUCGAGCUCAAAGGCUCCGUCCAAGAUGAAAAAGACAUUACUGAUAAGCGUCAGUCCAGUGAAAAGCCCAGGUUGACCAUGGAAGAUGAGAGAGCAAGCGUGGAAAUUUCCAGCCCGGUCGUUCUCAUCGCUGAUACCCACUGGCUAGAUGAGAUCAUGCACAACCUCUCUGAAGGCCUUGGAGGACCGCGGGGGGAACAGCUCAUCGCUCAGUUGCUCAGUGAUCUCACUAUGGCACAAGGGGAAUCUAAUGACUCUACUCUUCACCCUCCGGAAAGUGCAGAGUCUUCUACGCAGGGGCCGCGUCUUUAUAAACCGAAAGCCCACACCACCAGGCCAAGAAACCCAGUAAUAAUCCAACGACCCAGGAAGGUUGGAGUGGUACCAUUGUCUGAAAUGAUAAUUCAUGUGGGAGUGCCAGCUUUGCUGCAGAGACCAGUUGCUAGUUUGGAGAUGAGAUGUGAAGCACUGGCGAACCCUGAACCAUCGCUAACUUGGACAAAGAAUGGAAAGGAGUUGCUCUACAAUAGCAGAGUAGGCCUGUUGCCCACCGGCUCACUUAGGAUUCAGUCUCCAAUCAAAGUGGAUGAGGGUUUGUACACCUGCACCGCCCGGAAUCGCCUUGGAUCUACAUCUCUUUCGACUUGGCUGGAGAUUACAGAAACCAUUGGAGGAAAUUGUGGCCAAGGUAACAGUAUGGGGGGAAAUGGCCCUAUAUGCUCUGAGAAGAGUAACAGCAGCCAAUCAGCAGAGCUGUGUCACGGACAAGGCUGUCGCCUCAGUUGGAUCAGGUGGCGAGUCGAUCCUUGGUCACCAUGUUCAGCCACUUGUGGAGGGGGGUCCCAGACCAGGACUGUCCGCUGCGUGAGGGGUCCUGAGGGAAGGUCAAGAGAGGUGGAGAGCCAGCUCUGCCUUGAUACAAGCAGGAGACCCUCAGACAGCAGGCUAUGCAACCUUCUGCCCUGUGCCAGAUGGGCCACGACCUUUUGGGGGCCGUGUCAUGGUGAGUGUAUCGGUCCCAGUUUGGCCACACAGCAUCGCCACGUUUACUGCCAAAACACAAAUGGUACCAAAGUCUCUCACAGGAUGUGCAGUGGACUCCACAGGCCGAGCUCUCUAAAGAAUUGCUCCACAGAGGGCUGUGCCCUUCACUGGCGCGUCGGGCCGUGGACCCAGUGCACUGCCACCUGUGGGAGACAUGGUUUCCAGUCGCGCCAGGUGACCUGCGCGCACCGUCGCACUGGCAAGGCCACACGUGAACAUCACUGCAUGUGGAAGCCUCGCUCUCCCAGUUGGCAGCGAUGCAAUGUUUUGUCCUGUGGAAGAGCAGGAGAGUGUCGAGACAGCACAAGGUACUGUGAGAAGGUUCAACAACUGGAGCUCUGCCCACUGCCCCAGUUUAAGAGUCGUUGCUGUCACUCCUGCCAAAAGACAUGAGACGGCGGAUAUGAGAUGAGGGCUGUGGACAACCUGGAUAAGUCAGGGACUUGAAACCCUCUAUACCCCAUCCUAACGCCAGCGACUGUCUCCGAUGAACGCUUUUGGAUGAGGAUACCUCCGUGUAGAGGAAUGUUUGGAUGGUACUUGGAGAGGCUGUGAUCCAUUUUCAUCAAAGAUGCCGUGUGUGGGUUUGAAUUAGAAAGCAAUGUUUUGAGAGGAGUGACGUGUCUGGUAAUGAGGGCUUCAGUGUUACUUCUUCCUUUAAAUUCUGAAGUUCGUUUUCAACAGCUUUCCUAACUUAUGCAAAAAGAGACACAUUUCCAUUUAAGUCAACGAAACUUUCAUAAAGGAGAACUCGUGACGAGGCGUUACAUGGUUGUGUUUCAGGGUUUUUCCUAAAAAUAGCAAUAACAUUCGCCUACAGUACAGAAAUAUGUCAUGAGUAGACUGUUGAAAUUGACUCACAUCAUGCCCAGAGAUUCUGGUUAGACCCUUGAGUUUGUGAUAACCACUGGAUAGUUGUGUGUUUGCCUUCAUUGUAAUGGUCUUCAAAACAGUAUUGUUAAAUAGUUGAGAUGCCAAAUGAGCUUUAAGUAAUGCGGUGUUGGUAUACUCUUGUUUAAAACUGAAAUACAGCUUAGUGCUGCAUAUAUAAUGGGAAAUGGAUAACAUGACUAAAAGCCGAGUAAUUGAUAAAUGGUUUACAUUCUGUAUUAGCCAACUGGGAUAUAGAUCAUGAUCUGUGCUACCAUUUUGGGUCAUUUAGCACAUGUUGACAGUAGUGUUCGGUCAAUUUAAAGAGGAAAGGAAUUAGGAUCACAGAUGUUUUUAUUGCAUUUUUGGCAGAUUAUUAAGUAGGACAUGAUAAAGAUUUAUCUUGCAUGGGUUGCACUAAUGGAGGUAUACGACUGAAGCAGUUUUUGGAAAAAGACAAUUUUGCACUCAACUCAUCCAAGUCUUUGUUGGAACAUGGCUUGUCGAGUUUUUCUAAAUCUAGUUUGUAAGGUCACAUUGUUUAUGUAUUUUGUUUUCAAAUUUUGAUAUUUGUUAAAAUGUCCCUUUUAACCACUUUGUGACAUUGCAGCACGUUUAAAUGUGAGCUGAGUGCGACUGCCCCCUGCUAGUUCAUCCUGUCCUCCAAAUUACAUUUUUGCUUUAGUUUAACACUUCAGGCAUAAAAACCUCUUCUGCUUUGGAAAGAAUACAGUGUUAGUUGAACUUAAAAUAUGUCAAACGACCUCUGCGUCAUGUUCUGAUAUUGACAAUAAACAGUUGGGAUCUCUACAAAAAUCAUAAUAUACCACAAGUACAUUGUACAUUGUUGUGAUGGGUUUGCACUUUUGAUAUUGAGUCCUGGAUCUCACUAUACCCCAUCAAGUGUAACACAAACCUAAACGAGAGACUACUUCACCUUCCAUUGAGGUGUGAUCCGUUGAUUUUACGAGAUGAAAACAUGAUUAACAUGUUGCUUAUGCUCUUAAAUUAUGUAGAUAUUUGUCUUGUCUUUAAACUAUUUAUUUUAAGCAGUGUUCUUGUGCAUACUUUUGUAAAUAAUUACAGGGGUGGGUUUUACGGUUUCAUUUCCCAACAGCUGAUAAUAUUUGAUAUGCAUGCAAUGGGGACCCUCUGCUGGUGACUUGAUGUGUUGCUCUCUGCUCAUGCCUGGUUUAUCGUUAAAUAAAACCAAAUACAUUCCUUUCACAA